UGCUUUUUAUUCAAUUUUGUAAACAGUGAAAAUAACCUAACCAUGUAGCUUGGCACUUAUCUGGGACUACUGACCUAAUCUUAAAAUAGAUAUACAGAAGUAUUUAUUCAUGAAUAAAAAGACCGCUCGCUGUACGAAAACAUUUUAUAAUCAUGGGAAAUCCAAGCAAAUUUCAAGAAGUACUGCAGGAAAUAAAGAAAUUAUUCACAUGGAGUAAUUUAAAAGGCCUAGUAAUGAAUCCUGGCCAGGUAUAUUUCGUCGCAUUUUUUAUUUUAUUGGCUGAAUUGGUACUAAAUAUUAUUAUAGUAGAAAGAGUGCCUUACACAGAAAUUGACUGGAAAGCUUACAUGCAGGAGUGUGAAGGAUUCCUGAAUGGAACACUUAAUUACAGCAAGCUUCGAGGUGAUACAGGACCAUUAGUGUAUCCAGCAGGUUUUGUCUACAUUUACUCUAUAUUUUAUUUUCUUACCAAUCAUGGUGAAAAUAUAAAAUUUGCUCAAUACAUAUUUAUUGGUAUUUACUUGAUCUUGUUAAGUUUAGUCCUUAGAAUAUAUACAAAAACUAGGAAAGUACCACCUUAUGUUCUAGUCAUUACUAUUUUAACUUCAUAUAGAAUACAUUCUAUUCAUAUUUUAAGAAUGUUUAAUGACCCAGUUGCUGUUCUAUUCUUAUAUGCAUCAUUGAACUUCUUCCUUGACUCAAAAUGGUAUUUAGGAAGUCUAUUUUAUAGUUUAGCAGUAUCAAUCAAAAUGAACAUAUUGUUGUAUGCGCCUGCGUUAUUUUUCUUUUAUUUGUUAAACCUUGGGUUAAAAGAUACUGUUAAACAGCUAAUGUUGUGUGCUGUUGUACAAUUGUUACUUGGUUUACCCUUUCUAAUUGUAGAACCUGUGGCAUACAUUAAAGGUAGUUUUGAUGUGGGUAGAGUUUUUAAUCAUACUUGGACAGUUAACUAUAGGUUUUUAGAUUCAAAUAUAUUUGAAAACAAACUAUUUCACUUAACAUUAUUAACAAUUCAUAUUUUUCUUUUGAUUAUAUUCAUGCCUAUGUGUAUAAAAUACUUCCAAAGUUAUUGCCGUUUAAAAUAUGUGCAAAGACAAGUGCAACCACAAAUUGAUGUAAAGAAUCAGGAAAACAAAAGAAAGAGUAAAUUAAGAAAAGACAUCAAAACCACAUUGAAUACAUCUACCAAUCAAGAGGAAAAGCUUUCAAAGGAGCAGGAAGACUUUAUAAAUUCAUUUGAAGCUGUAUUGCAAAAGUCUUCAGAUAAAGGUGGGAAAAAACAACUUAAGAAAACUAUUGAUAACAAAAGUAAACAGCACUACAGCAUUAAUUUUGAUGUUUUGUCACAGUUGUUUAUUUUGCCAAUGUUCUUAGUUAAUUUUAUUGGAAUUGUUUGUGCCCGCAGUCUUCAUUAUCAGUUUUAUUCAUGGUAUUUUCAUACUUUACCAUACCUUCUAUGGUCCACUAAUUAUACAGUUAUUGUCAGAUUUUUAAUAUUAGCCCUUGUAGAACUAUGUUGGAAUACAUAUCCUAGUACUGAAAUAACAAGUGCAAUGUUACAUAUCUGUCACCUUAGUAUAUUAUAUGGUGUUUUUGAUAAAAUGUCAAAAGAAUUAAAUAUAGCAUCCAAAGUACAAUAGUAUUAAGGUUUAUGCAGGAUUGUUGUUUUUAAAAAAAAAGUAAUAAAAAUAUUUAU